AUGCCAGGUCUUACAUCCUGCCUGGCAGACAUCCUGCCCGAAGGACAAGUCCUCCUGCCAGGAACAGAAGCAUAUAAGAAAGCUAUCUUCGUUGGCAACUUGAACUACCGCUACACUAAUCCAGCUGUCGUUGUCCAAGCUAGGUCUGUCGAAGAUGUCAGAUUUACCGUCACAUUCGCCAAGAAAAAUGAGAUCAAGCUCACUGCCAAGAGUGGUGGUCACUCCUUCAUGGGAUAUUGUCUCAACGAAGGUGGAAUCGUUCUUGACAUGAGCCAGAUGAAGGGAUGCCAUGUUGACUCCGAGAACAUGACCAUUGAUAUGCAAGGCGGACUUCUCUGGGACGAUGUCUACAAUAAGUACUUGCAGGAUAAGCGCGACAUUGUCAUCGGUGGACAGUGUGCCUCUGUUGGUGUGAGCGGUUUCACUUUGGGUGGGGGUAUCAGCCCUUUCUCGCGUAGUUAUGGGCUCGGGUGUGACAAUCUGCUCGAGAUGACUGUCGUAACUGCCAGUGGCGAUGUAGUCACGGUUUCAAGAGACGAUAAAGACCAAAAGAAACGUGAUCUCUUCUGGGCUCUUUGUGGUGGAGGCGGUGGAAAUCUUGGUGUCACUGUCUCGAUGAAGUCCAAGUUGCGCAAGUUGAGAGACCAAGCCGGCAAGGUCGUGUCUGGUCAGUUCACAUGGAAUCUUCCACAGCAACAGGAGGCUUUCGAUGAGGCCAUGCAGACUUUCAACUCCAACAAGUGGCCUUCUGAGUUGACCAUCGACGCUUUUUGGUCGCACGGACAGAAUAAGCAGCUCACCGGUGGGAUGACAGUCAUCUACAAUGGCUGUAUGGAGAAGGCACAGGAAGCCCUCAGGCUAAUUCUUGCCCACGGACCCACUGACAACACCCUACAAGAGAUGUCUUGGACCGAUUGUGUCGAGCAAUCUGAGGGUUGGGAUACUGAAAGCAAAGUCUAUCACCACCAUGCGUCAUUCAUAUUCGCUGAAGGGGCCAUCACCCCAGAGCUCACUUCUACCGUUGCGGGCCUUGUCAAAGAAGCCACCAGUGUCGUCGGCAUUACGGAAGAAAACAAGUUCAACAAGCCGAAAUGUCACUUUUCAUGGAGUCACAUUGGCGCCAAGACAGAGGAGAUUCCUGCCGAAGAUACAGCAUUUUACUGGCGCGAUGGUCACUACGUCGCUACAUUCAAGGCACAGUGGACAGACAAGAAGAAGCGUCACGACGUCAUGAACUUUAUGACCAAGUGCAAAGCCAAGCUGUCACCAUUUGCAAUUGAACAAAAGGCUGCAUAUGUAAACUACAUUGACGGCACAGUUCAGAACUGGCAGGAAUCAUAUUAUGGAAAGAAUUACACUCGUCUACAAAAGGUCAAGUCCGAGUGGGACUCCGAUAACUUCUUCAAUCACCAGCAGUCUAUCAGGCCAGUUAGUCAUGUCACCCUCACAACGUCAUCCAGCAAGGAAGUUUUAGACAAGGCUCAGCUCCAACAGGAGGUUUGGUGGGAGGAUAGUGUGUUUACUGUCGCAGGAGCAGCUUGGCAUGUCCAAGGCGGACCAGUCGUUGUGCUUGCGAGAUGCUGA